AGCAGCAGCGGAGGAUGGAGCCGAGCUAAAUGAAUGAGAUGCGGGCUGAAAGAGACCAGACAGGCGGACGAUGAUGAGAGGAUGAAGCCGCCGAUGGAGCCCCUGGAUCAUAAUUUGAACCCCGGUUUAACACUCGGAUAAAUAACGCAAACAAUGAAGUAAACAAUAGGACAGCAGCUUGUUUAUGAGUGGCUGCACAUACAUCAGACCUACACAUUUUUCGGUGAACAUCGACGUCCGUAAAGCCGAGCUGGAGGAUGAUGAAGAUAAAACCUGGAUUAUGCCCCAAGUGUUUUCUGUCUUUUCUCCAAAAACACCGGAGACCAAGCUCCCUCUUGAGAGAAGAUGUCCACCAUCACAGAGCGGCGGUAAAGGUCUGACUUACUGCAGUUAAAAAACUCUUUAAUGCCACACUAGGUUGGAGAAAUUUAAUUUAAUGGCACAGCGGACUGAAAGAAAGAGCCAGCGACUGAAAGUGGGAUUUAUGAACAGUCGGUUUGUUGAGUUUUUUUCGGCUGAGGACAACUAAAUCUACAUGUACCAGUUUGUCAGAUUCCAGUGUUUUUCACACCAGCAGCAGCUAACGGAGUACUUAAAUCAAGCUAGCGACGUGUGGAUAAAGCUCUUAUUUAGCGCUAUUUUACCGGUUUGACAACAUUUUUGUGUUUCUCUUUCGAAAUACACUGUUUGUAUUCAAAAAGGCAAGUUCACAAGCUUAAAUUGGUGAUAAAUCACACUGCCUUUCCUGUCAGUGUUGCCCCGAGUUUAGCUCGUUAAUCCUCGUUUGUGAGUUUUAUUUGGCUAACGGCUGCAACUAACUACUAGCGCCAGUGCUGCUGCUUCUGUCUUCAUCAUGAAUGCACAGACACGUUUCCUCGGAUGAAACCACCAAACGAAAAUGUACCCAAGGGCAUAACAACAACAACAACAACAACAACAACAACAACGAGCCCAUGUCUGGUGAGAGAACAGCACCGUGGCUCCGCCGGCCGUGAAGCCACAACAAGCAGAGCGGCUUUAGUUGGACACAGACAGAGAUAGAGAGAGGGGAUCAGAAGCUGAAGCUAGCCUCCAGCCUGUUCACACCGCCCUCAAGAGACCACCGAGAGGAUCAUUUUCAACUCAACUAAAGCCACCAAAAUCCAGCAAAAUGGGAGAGCAGCCCAUCUUCAGUACACGGGCCCACGUCUUCCAGAUUGACCCAAACACCAAGAAGAAUUGGGUUCCCACCAGUAAACAUGCUGUCACCGUCUCCUACUUCUUCGACAGCACCAGGAAUGUAUAUCGAAUCAUCAGUCUGGAUGGAUCUAAGGCCAUUAUCAACAGCACCAUCACCCCCAAUAUGACAUUCACCAAGACGUCGCAAAAGUUUGGACAGUGGGCCGACAGUCGGGCGAACACAGUCUACGGCCUCGGCUUCUCAUCUGAGAGCAACCUGGUAAAGUUUGCAGAAAAGUUUGCCGAGUUCAAGGAGGCAGCGCGGUUAGCAAAAGAGAAGUCUCAGGAGAAGAUGGAGCUCACCAGCACUCCCUCUCAGGAGUCGGCCCCAGGUGACCUGCAGUCGCCCUUGACCUCAGAGAGCAUCAAUGGUACAGAUGAUGAGAGAGUCACACCAGACACACCUCAGCACACUGAACCUAGAGCAGAGCCUUCCCAGAAUGCACUGCCCUUCUCACACAGUUCAUCCAGCAUCAAUAAGCACUGGGAGGCAGAGCUGGCGGCACUUAAGGGCAACAACGCCAAGCUGACGGCGGCUCUGCUCGAGUCCACGGCCAAUGUCAAACAGUGGAAACAACAGCUGGCAGCCUAUCAGGAAGAAGCUGAGAGGCUACACAAACGGGUGACAGAGCUGGAGUGUGUGAGUGGCCAAACAACAGUGAUCAAAUCCCAAAAGACAGAACUCAACCAAACGAUAGAAGAGCUGGAGUCGGCUCUGAAAGCCAAGGAGGAGGAGUUGGAGAGACUCAAAGCAGAAGUGGAGAGUGCCAACGAGUUUCAGUCUCAAAAAGACUCCCUUACACAGAAACUACAAGACACGGAGUAGAGGAACCAGACAUUGGAGGCCCAGCUAAGCGAUCUGGAGCAGCGUCUAGAGAGCAACCAGCAGGAGAGGGAAGCCUUCCGCAAGAGCCUGCGCUCGCUGCUGGAGCUGCUGGACGGCAAGAUUUUCGAGCUGACAGAGCUGCGAGACACGCUGGGUAAGCUCAUCGAGGGCAGCUAAAGAGGCGAAUUCACCGUCACCAACAGCACCACCAACACCACAGCCAGCGCUCAGAGAAGAAACCACCUGCAUGUUGGCACAUCAUCACCGACAUGUAACUUGAAAUUAAUUUCCCACAUGUAUACGUGUAAAGGUUUACACACAACUUUAUGCAUUAACGGUACACACAUUUUUUGCUACAGUACACGUUUACAAACAAGCCAAGUGAAAGAGGCUUUGCUUGGACCAUGCCUUUCCUCCGCUCCACUCUGGAAUAUUCUUGACUUUCUUAAAUCAGAUUUUUUUUGGUUUGUUUCUUGAAAAUCAUUCCGUUUGUGGGGAAAUUUUUUGUUUUUGCUCCAGCAAUCACGCAGACUUUAAUUAAUAAAAAACAAGCUGCGUUUUUCUUUUCUCGAGUUUCGCUUUGGUGCAUUCUGCAGUCACCUGGAGCCGGUGAUUUUUCUCCCCCAUCUUCUUUAAUUCAUCGUCAGCCAAAUGAACACUUGGAGUCAGAUGAGAAGGACUCGAGCUUUUCCUACACUCUGAUUAAUUUUUAGUUAUUUGAACUCUGGAGGGUGUCGGGUCACUUUCGAAUGUCUUAAAGAGACAAACGUUCCUCCUGUGAUUGAAAUCCACCGAGGGACUGCCAAAAAAACAAACGGCCAGAGAGGACUUUGUCUUAUAUUCUUAUACAAUAUAUGAGCAAUACAAAAAAGGGAGCAUCAGAGGGUAAAUAAACACUUUCCACUCUCACUUUCAGGUAAUUUUACUCCUCUCUCGAAUAUGUUUAGUCCACAGGCGAGAUUUUAUUCACUUUCUUUCUAUACACUUUUUUUUAAAAGAAUAUAACAAAUUCAUAGUGCACUUGUAAAACUGGAGUUUGUGUGUAUGAGUGGAUCUUUCUUUCUCCUCUUGUUUCUGUUGCGACUUGAAGUGCAAUGAUUGAAUCCUUUUUGUUUGUUAAUUUAUUACUUAACCGUGACUGAAAAUGAUGAUGAAAGUUGUACAAAAGCAAAGAUCUUUAUUUACAUCUUGUUUUCACUUAAUCUUUUUUUAUUGUCUGGUACAUGGCUGUCGAGGCAGUUUUCUUUCCUUUUUGAAAAACUGGCAAUAUUUUUGAACUAUUUAUGAAAAAGGAAAUGAGAAUAUAAAGAAGGCGAUGGCAGGUUGGAUUUGCAGAGAAUCUUUUCUUUUGCCAAAUAACGUUUUCCUGUACAGAUUUGAAUUUUUGCUGAUGUUGCCUUUGGUACAGAGAUGCAUCAACGGUAGCUGACUAGUGGUACUUUAUUUUUCGUGGGAUUUACUAUUGCCAAAAAUUCAGCGAUGUUAAGAGGAAUAGUAUAUACACCUGAAGAACACUAUUUAAGGGCUUGUUGUUGGUUCGGGUACAUUUGGGAGACUUGAAUGAUUUUAGCGGUGACUUUAUCAUGAUGAGUAUUACAGCUUGAAAGGGAAAAAAAACAUUUGAAUAAGACUUUUAAAUGUUGAUUAUACCACAUGCUUCAAAACACAAAUUGUAAUUUUGAGUUUAUAGUAAAACAAAA